GGAUGGCCCAUAUAUAUCACAAACCCCACACCACUUGCAUCCAUCCAAAUAUUAUUCCUCAUAAUAAUGCUCCAUUCCCCCACCAAAAUAUUCUUCAUCAUUUCAUUCGAUCCCAAUUUCUCUGAUCUUCUUUCUCUUCCAAUUCUCUGGUUUUAAACUAUCCAAACCAUUAAGAUAACCAUGAAUCUAACACCUAUCAAUCACUCCAAAGUACCUUUCCUACUGCUUCUCUUCAUCUGCCACUUGGUUAUGGGUGAAGUAGCAGAAGUGGCCGGAAAACAGCUGGUGCCUCUGAAGACAUCACCAGAGUUCAUAGUGGAUAUGGAGUUAAGUGGUGGAAGGCGGAGGAGGUUGGAUCCAUUCCAGCUGUGCUCAGAGUGCAAGUGCUGUGAAUCAUCUGAAGACCCAAGCACAUGCACUCUCACCCCCUGCUGCUUUGGGAUUGAUUGCCAGCUCCCAAACAAGCCUUUUGGGGUAUGUGCUUUUGUGCCCCAGUCUUGCAACUGCACUUCCUGCAACACUCUUGCCUAGCCAAAUCAUGCCCCUCCAUGUCUAUUGAUUUGCACAUAUUAUUCAGCUGAAUUAUUAGAAUGAGAUUGAAAGUCAAAAGGAGAAAAUCCUGAAAUAGGAGUGAAAACGUUUUGGAGCUUUAAACCAUUAUUGUCAUAUUUUUAUUGCCUAAAUAGAGUAAUUAAUAUCAAAUUUGAAAAUUACUGUCGUGUUUAAGGUCUGAUACUGCCAAAACAUGACAGUAAUUACUUCUAUUUCGGCUAUAAAAACAUGAGAACCAUAUUUUGUAUUUCCAGAAUGUUUUUACUUCUAUUUAGGGCAAUUUCCUAAAGUUAAUGAUGUGUUUCUUGGUUUUUUUUCUUUUUCGUUUUGUAUACAAAAACUUUAAUUUGUGGUUAAUAGAGUGUUGUAUCAUUGAGACCUAUUAUCUGCUCAAAGACUACUUGAAACAUCAUUCCACGGUUAUAAUCUUACCAAGGAACCGUAUCAUGUGUCUAACACAUUGAUUGCACGAUUCAGAGAUGACAUAAUGAUAAUAACAUGCAUAAAAGCAGUUUUAAUAAAGUUAAGUCGAGAUAUUUAGAAUACUAUAAAGCAAAAGUUCAAUACGUGUAAAUCUCAAUGCC